AUGCGUUUCAUUCCCGUCCUCGCGACGGCCCUGCUCGCCGUCUCUAAUGCCGGCGCAUCGCCCGCCGCCAGCAGCGGUGGUGCUGCGGAAACCUCCGUGGCGGCCGCGCCUGAUACGGCCAACAACAAUGCAGGGUCGACGGCCCGCGUGAAUGCCGCCGAGGCUGCUGCGACUACUCCCGCCGCGGCGGCUCCCAGCGCCAACACCAACUCGGAGGAGGAGAACGACAAUGCCUCGGCCGACACCGCCAAUGCCAACACGGUCAAUGCGAACACGGCCAACGCCAACACGGCCAAUGCCAACACCGCUAGUGGUGACAACAUCCUGAACACCAUCCUCGGUGGCGGCAACUCGGACAGUAACACUGCGGCUGAUACUGCGACUGCCAACAGCGGUGCCUCAGCCACCAAGGCUGCUGGCAACACUGCCAACACUGCUGCGUCCUCGGCCUCGCCUGCUGAGACUCCCUCGUCGACCGGUUCCAGCACCAAGUCGACCUCUGGAUCGUCCAGCUCCGACUCCGGUGCGGGUGCUGAUAUCUCCGGCCUGCUGAGCGGUCUGACCGGCAACGGUGGUGCUCUGUCCGGCCUGACCUCCCUGGGUGAUGACCUCGAGGGCCUGCUGAAGGGCAUCACGGGUCUGCUCAACCCUAACCUGCUGUCUGAGAUCGAGAACACCUUCAAGUAUCUCUCGACUUCUUUGGCUCCCCCUGUUGAUACCAACAUCCGGGUGCUGCUCUCUGACUCCAACACUAAGGCCCUGGGUACGCUGAUCAACAACGCCGGCAAGCUGCUUAACGACAAGAACACCCAGUCUCUGUCCAACAUCCUGAGCAAGGCCGACAACCUGCUAUCAGAGAACAACCUGAACAACCUGCAGAAGCUGCUCAACAACAUCGACAAGGUCAACGAGCUCGUGGUCAAUGCCGACAGCUUGCUCACCAAGCAGAACGUCAACAGCAUCGAGUCCCUGCUCAGCAAGGCCGGCAAGCUGCUGACCGACAACACCGUCAACACUCUGGUGACCCUGCUUAAUGGCGUCAACGACAUCCUGCCCCAGCUCAAGAGCUUCCUGACCCCGGCCACCUUCAACAAACUCAACGUCCUAUUGACCAACGGCGGCAAGCUGCUGACAGACAAGUUCGUCACCGAGACUUCCAACCUCAUCGACGGCGCUUCCGGUCUGCUCACCAAGGACAACGUCAACUCGCUCGAGACCCUGCUGUCCUCGGUCACCGAUCUCCUGCCCCAGCUCAAGCAGCUACUCACCAAGUCGACCCUCACCGAGAUCCAGAACCUUCUGUCUCACGGCAACAAGCUGCUCACCGAUUCGUUCAUCAGCAAGACCAACUCGCUCAUCGAUGCUGCCUCUGACCUUCUCACCCCGGCCACCAGCAAGGCUCUCAAGGACCUCCUCAACCAGGUUACGCCCCUGCUGCCCGAGCUGAAGAAGCUGCUCACCGAGAAGACCCUGAACGAGCUGCAGUCCUUGCUGACCCAUGGCAACGACCUGCUGACCGACAGCUUCGUCGACGAGACCAAGAGCCUGAUCGCCGGUGCCUCAGGUCUCCUCACCAAGAAGACCACCGACGCUCUGACCACUCUGCUGGACGCCAUCGUCCCGCUGGUCCCGACGCUCAAGGGCUUCCUGACCAAGUCGACCUUCGACGAGCUCAACACUCUGCUCUCCAACGGCAACGAUUUGCUUACUGCCAGCUUCGUCAACGAGACCAAGUCGCUUGUUGGCAACGCCGACGAGCUUCUUACUCCGGAUCUGGUCAGCAGCCUCAAGGAAAUCUUGGGCGAGGUUACUCCUCUCCUGCCCGAGAUCAAGAAGCUGCUCAAGCCCUCUGUGAUUUCUUCCAUCUCCAGCCUGCUGACCAACGCCAACGAUUUGUUGGAUGCCACCUUCGUCAAUGAGACCCGCCACCUGAUCGACGGUGCCGACGACCUGCUCUCGCCGUACGUCCUGGGUGGUCUCCAUGAGCUGCUCAACGGCCUCGUUCCCGUCGUCCCCACCAUCAAGAAGGACUUCCUGAACGACACGACCCUGAACAACCUGACCUACCUCCUGGGCAACGGCACCACUCUGCUGACUCCCUCAUUCGUCGAGGAGACGGGUGACCUCAUCAGCGAGGCCGGUGAACUCCUCACCCCCGAGAUGGUCAAGUCUCUGAAGGGUCUGCUGGGUAACCUCGAGGACUCGAUGCCGGAGAUCCAGUCCCUGCUCAAGCCCGAGAGCAUCAAGUCUAUUGAGUCUCUCCUGAGCAACGGUGCCACUCUACUGAGCAAGCAGUUUGUGCAGAAUACUACCGAUAUCAUCAGCGAUGUUUCGGAGUUCCUUCCUCUGCUUGAGGGACUGUUGAACUCGUUGUAG